AUGGUUUGCUCAGAGAGCAGUGCAAGCGAAUCGUCUCUUGAAUCCUCGAGUGGUUAUGGAAGCCAGGGCGCCUUCGCCGCCGAAGACCACGCCAUACAGCACCAAGUCCAACAUGCUGACGUCGACUCGGAGAUCGUAACUCUUCGAAGAGAGAGUGAGUCAUCAGUGGCCGCUGCAAGAGAGAGUUUCUCAAUCUCCCUCGGAAGUUUGGAAGAAGCCGUCAGGUCUUUAGACGAAGCGUGUGAAACCCCAGCCUUUGCGACUAUCGGGAAGAAACCGGCUGUGCCUAAACGAAGGCCUGUGUCCAUGUCUGCAACAGUAUGGUCUCGUCGUGGCUCUUCCAGUUCGCUGGGCAAACCCCCGCCACCAGUUCGACGCUCAUCAUCCAUAUCUAGGCCUCAACGACCUCCAUAUGUGCAGAACACACAAAAUUCUCAGCUGUCUUCGAAUGACGCCGAUAACCUGCCUCCUCCACCCGCUUUCCUGCUUCAACCCGAAGGCGACACCGGUGAAUAUGACUCUCACUCCAACGUAGCAGAAACAGUGAAGCAACUAACAGAGCUAAAACACAUGCCUGCGUCACCAGGCUUAGUUCGUCGCAACCUUCAACAACUCCAUCAAAACCAACCCCAAUCCCCAACAACACCCUCCCUCUCAACGUUCCAACAGGCAAAGAGCAAUUUCUCAUCGUCAACGAGCUUAAACAGCACAGGCAACUUGAACCCCAUAUACGGGCAAACUGGACACAAGAUUAUGGCUUACGUCGAGAAUUCAAUGUACGUUCGGAAGAACAGCUUGAAUAGCUCCAAUUCGGAUUUGAUCAAUGCUGGUAUAUACGCGGAAAGUCGUGGCUCGCCCCACGGGUCGUCGCCCUCCACACCGAGCUACGGAGAAAACAACUCGUUCUCCAGUUUUGGACCAAGAGCCUCUAAUGAGACCAGCCAUUAUGGACAGACAGGUUUGAAAGGGCAACAAGACAAGAAGUACGGGCAGAGCACGAUAUACGCGCAGCCGUCGGAGAUAAUCGCGGGCUUCAACAGUAUGUCGCGCCACGACCCGCGCCACGACGCGCUCAGCCCGCUCGCGCUGCGCAGGAACAUCGCCGCGCGAUCCCAUAGCGCUGACAGGCACCAUCUUGAACAAGGCGGCCUCAUCGCCCACCUGAGCGCUAAGUUAGCCCCGCAACUGUCCCCGCGCACGUCGCGUCGCGCCAUCUCUACCAUCUCUCCUGCUGAUACCCCCGCUAAGGGGAAAGGUACAAUUCCGGUGCAGCCCGCGUUCCUGGACAAGUUGUCGGCAACCAUACAGCAACAACGCAGGCAACUCGACAACACGCGCGCCAAGACCGUGCGGGACAUGAUCAAUGCGCACGCGCAGCCCGACCCUCGGAUCUGCCACACUUCGCUAAUGGAACAAAUAAAACGCGGCGCAACGUUACGUCGAAACAAACACUGCAACGACAGAUCUGCGCCUAAAAUACGUUAG